AGCGCGAAAGUGGGCGGAUCCUCCUCAGCCUCGCGCUCUUUUUGAGGACGCCCGCUCUGAUUGGCUGCGUGCGGGCGGAUAUCCGGUGCAGCAAGCUUCCGCUGCGGCCUAGUGAAUCCGGUGCAGCACGAUGGUGCUGCUACAUGUGCUGUUCGAGCAUGCGGCCGGAUACGCGCUGUUCGCCGUUAGGGAGGUGGAGGAGAUCGGGCUGCUGUUACCACAGGUAGAACAGAGCGUCCUUAACGUCGGCAAGUUCCAUAACGUGGUGAAAUUGGCCGCUUUCUCCCCGUUUAAAUCGGCUCAAAGCGCCUUAGAGAACAUGAAUGCUGUAUCAGAAGGGAUCCUACAUGAGGAUUUGAGGCUCUUAUUGGAGACGUCGAUGCCGGCGAAGAAGAAAAAGGCGAUUUUGGGGGUCGGGGAUGCGAAAAUCGGUGCCGCCAUCUUGGAGGAGUUGGGAUAUCAGUGUCAGACCGGGGGGGUGGUGGCGGAGAUCAUGAGGGGGAUCCGCCUGCACUUCCACGCAUUAGUGAAGGGCCUCACAGCUCAGUCGGCCUCUAAGGCUCAGCUCGGCCUCGGCCACAGCUACUCCCGAGCCAAAGUGAAGUUCAACGUGAACCGUGUGGACAACAUGAUCAUCCAGUCCAUCAGUCUGCUGGACCAGCUGGACAAGGACAUCAACACCUUCUCCAUGCGCGUGCGGGAAUGGUACGGUUACCACUUCCCCGAGCUGAUUAAGAUCGUGUCUGAGAACUACACGUAUUGUCGGCUGGCCAAGUUCAUCGGGAACCGCAAGGAGCUGAGCGAGGAGAGCCUGGAGGGGCUGGAGGAGAUCGUCAUGGACGGGGCCAAGGCUCAGGCCAUCCUGGAGGCGUCGCGCUCCUCCAUGGGGAUGGACAUUUCCCCCAUCGACCUCAUCAACAUCGAGAGUUUCUCCAGCCGCGUCAUCUCGCUGUCCGAGUACCGCAAGGGCCUGCAGGAAUAUCUGCGCUCCAAGAUGAGCCAGGUGGCCCCCAGCCUCUCAGCGCUCAUCGGGGAGGUGGUGGGCGCCCGCCUCAUCUCCCACGCCGGCAGCCUGACCAACCUGGCCAAGUACCCGGCCUCGACGGUGCAGAUCCUGGGGGCGGAGAAGGCCCUGUUCAGGGCUCUGAAGACCCGCGGGAACACCCCCAAGUACGGCCUCAUCUUCCACUCCACCUUCAUCGGGCGCGCGGCCGCCAAGAACAAAGGGCGCAUCUCCCGCUACCUGGCCAACAAGUGCACCAUCGCAUCCCGCAUCGACUGCUUCUCAGAGGUUCCCACCAGCGUCUUUGGGGACAAACUGAGGGAGCAGGUGGAGGAACGGCUGGCGUUCUAUGAGACCGGGGAGCCGCCCCGCAAGAACCUGGAGGUGAUGAAGGAGGCCAUGGUGGAGGCCAGCGAGGUGGUGGCUGAGGUGAAAAGGAAGCAGGAAAAGAAGGAGAAGAAGAGGAGGAAGCGGGAGAAGCGGCGCCUGGAGGCUCUGGCUGCGGCAGCCGAGGAGCUGGAGAACUCGGUGCAGGACGUGGAGGAAAAUAACAUAGAGCCAAAGAAAAAGAAAAAGAAGAAGAAGGAGCAGGAGGAGGAAGAGGAGGAGGAGGAGGAGGCUGCUACCGAGCCAGAGCAGAAUGGGCUGCAGGAGGAGGAGGAGGAAGAGGAGGAGGCCUUGCCCAAGAAGAAAAGGAAACUGAUGGGAGAUGGCACCCCAAUGGAGAAGAAGAAGAAAAAGAAGAAGGUCAAGGAUGAGGAGGAGCUGAGCUGAGCCGGGCUGCAACCCUGCACUGUGGACUCGGGGCUGCUGGGGGCAGCUGCAGCCCAUCAUCCAACCAUCCAUCCAGGCCCUGGGGGCCCAGCGCUGCAGCUCCGGGCGUUGGACUCUGGGCUCUGCCUCAAUGGGGCUCUGCCUCCUUUGGCCCCAUGGCUCCUGCGCUGCUGUGCUUCCUGCCUUCAGUCUCAGCCCCCGGGAGCGGCUGGUGCCAGGAACUGCCCCGUGUGACUGAGCCUCGGCAAAUAAAGGGCUGGGGUCUCAAUGAGCCUCGGUGAAUAAAGGGCUGGGGUCUCAAUGAGCCUCGGCAAAUAAAGGGCUGGGGUCUCAAUGAGCCUCGGCAAAUAAAGGGCUGGGGUCUCAAUGAGCCUCAGUCAAUAAAGGGCUGCGGUU